GAACCUGAAAUUUAGGUUAGUUUACAGAAGUUUUCUUUAAAACAUUUUUUUUUACAUAAUUGUAAAAUGCCCUCAAUUGUCAAAUUUUAAAUACAAUAAAAUAGUUUUGUUUAUUUUCCCACUUGAUUAUCACUCAUUUUCCUCUGUUGCUGUUGUGUCGGCGAGGAUACAUGUUUUUGUUUUUGCCAUUAAAUCAAUUUGAUUAGCUUUAAAAAUAGUGCCAUAGUAUAAACAAAAAAACCCCCCAAAAAACCAUGUAGCUUUUUUAUGAGCUCCGUCUCACUCUAGCCAUCUGUUUACUUCCUUCAGCACGAUCAUUUGUGGUAUUAAACCCUGCUCUGCUUGUUAGUUGUUGGUUUGUCAGUUGUGUUAUUGUAAAAUUCUGUAGGUUUAUUAUCAGGAAACAGCAUUGUAAAAAAAGAAGAUGAAAGGCUUAAAAAACAGAAAAAAAACCCCAACAAACCAUAAAUGUAUUUUUUUCCUUUUCAGUAUCAGCAGGAGGGACAUAGUCUGUACUUCAGGUUUUCACUCUGACUACCUUCAUUUCUGUGUAAUACACAAAGAGAGACAGAAGAAGUCAUUUGUGAGAGGGAACAAAGCAAAAUGAUAACAUCUGUGAUGCCAUUUUUCAACUGUCUGUCUGCUACUUACUUCAACUCGAGAGCAGAUACGUUGCGGCUGAUCGAGGCGUGAGGCUCUACAGUUCCCUGCCCAUGCGCCCGAACCCUGACGGCAAGAGACUGCCCUCUACUAGGUUUGAUGGUGACAACAUGUACAUGAAUGAGAACAACCACGAGUUCCUGCCACCAAACCAGAGCUACACAGGUCAGACUGGUGGCAGCGGGGGAGGUGGAGGAGGAGGAGGAGGAGGUGGAAACGGAGCCGGGGACGAAGACUAUGAGAUUCCCCCCAUCACUCCACCCAACCACCCGGAGCCUCCUCUUCUCCACCUGAUGGAGCACGACUCUACAGGCUACCUCUGCCACUCGCUGUCACACAAUGGGCUCAUCAACCCGUAUUCCUACCCAGAGCUGCCCACACUGAUGAUGUCCAACAUGUUGGCACAGGACGGUCACCUGGUCUCCAGCCAAAUGCCCUCGAUGCAGGAGAUGGCUUUGCAACACCGCCAACAGCAACACCAUCACCAGCAUCCGGACGGCGCUCAUUACGAAGCGGCCCGUAACCACCACUCCCUGAUAAACAGCUCUCCUCCGAUACUGCCCAACCCCAUGAGCGCUCUGUCCCAGCUAAAUUCUCAGGUCAGCCGGGGCGUGCUGCCUCAUGGCUCCCCCUCACCUCCUGGAAGUAAAUCGGCCACACCCUCCCCCUCCAGCUCCAAUCAGGAAGAGGAGACUGAUCCUCACUCUAAGAUCACAGGUGAGAAACGGCCGUCUUCGGAAAUGAUGAAGCCCAAACCCAAGCCCCAAAAGAAGAAGAAGAAGAAGGACCCCAAUGAGCCCACCAAGCCGGUGUCAGCCUACGCGCUGUUCUUCAGAGACACUCAGGCAGCCAUCAAGGGACAGAAUCCCAACGCCACCUUCGGGGACGUCUCCAAGAUAGUUGCCUCCAUGUGGGACGGACUGGGAGAAGAGCAGAAACAGAGCUACAAGAGGAAAACAGAGGCUGCAAAGAAGGAGUACCUGAAAGCCCUGGCCGCCUACAGAGCCAGCCUGGUUUCCAAGACAUGUCACGACUCAGUGGAGACGAAGAGUGGCCAAACAGGCCAGGGGUCUCCACACAUGAUGCCCAACAACCCGCCCCUCUACAGUGUGCCACAUCCACCCCAGCCGUCGUCACCCUACCUGGGGCCGGGGGCCUUCCCUCUCACCGACCUGCAGAGCUACGCCGGACACGCCCCUCGCCACACCCUGUCGCAGACGCUCAGCCAAUCGCAGAUGCUGCCCAGCAUUAGUGCCUCUCCCCCGUCCUCCUUCCAGAUCAGCCCUCCCCUCCACCCCCACCAGCAGCUCUCCCUGCACCAGAGCUCGCUCCUCAACCAGCCCAUCCGCAUGCAGCAGGUCCAGUCCCAGCAAAUCAUCCCUCACCAGAUGGGGCUGCAGGCCUCUCUUCACUCCCCACCUCAUGGGCAGCAGGGUUUUUCCCAUAUUCAGUCAGAGUAUCAGAAGAGUAUUGGGGGUUCCCAGUCUCCAGGAGGCCCUGGUCCUGGUCCAGGUCCGGGAGUGGCUCAGAGCCACGACUGGGACAGUGAGUACUGCAAUCGAGAGUGUGGCAACCACUUCAGCGGCAGCAUGAUAGGCAGGGACAAGCCACUCUACCUCACCUGAAACUGAAGAUCCCUGUCCAACAACGUGAGACACCAAGGAGUCUUCUCUCUCACCCCCACCCUCGCCGUCGACCCUCCCCCUCCAACCUCCCUCCUCUUAAGCGCACACAUACAUACCAUACUCACGUGACAUACGAUGGCAUACAACGCAUACACAUGCAGUACUGUACAAACGUUUCAGGUCGGUGUGGACGUGUUCAUGCAGCCACUUCUUUUUCACAGCCUUUUUUUUAAUGAAAAUUCUCUUUCUCAACAUUAACAACAUUCUUGAAUCCAAAAAUCGUUACAUUGUUGGCAACUGGACGAAGUAGGUUUUUUUUUUUUUUAAAGACGUUUCACCUCUCAUCCAAGAGGCUUCUUCAGUUCUUAAAUGAGAGGUGAAACGUCUUGGAACUAUUUUUGGAUGAAAUGAUCUGGAUGACUAUGAACCUACACAGACAAAAUUCUUCUAUGUUCCAGUUAUGACUUAAAAUGUGGGUUGUAACAAUUGUCUCUUGAGGAGUGUUAAAGGCGACACCACUUCCUCAUGGUUGGAUGAUGAUGCUUUUCAUGACUAAACAGCUCAAGUAGCCUGGCGUGCACAACGAACGAGGCGGCGGCUGUUGGCGCUCCACGACCUGGAUGUUGGCUCUAAGUAUAUAAAUCCAAUAAGGUUGCAAAAACAUGUGGUUACAGAAUUAAAGUUCGCACCAGCCUCAAACUACUGCACAUUACUCAACACACACACAGACACACAUGUAUGUUUGCAUUCAGCCUCCAAAACACCGUCACCACCAACCACAGCCACAUUUUUUGUCGGUGCGACUCUAUUUUUCUCCUGAGUUUCUAGAGGAAUUUGUGACCAGAGUUCGUCGGACUAGAUGACUACUGUCUGUACCACUUGUAUUAUCGUUCCUCUUGCUGUUUGAAUUUGCCAAGCACUUACUCAUCCUCUCUUUGGUGACCCCCCUCCACCCCCUCCUACGCCCUCCCGUUUAGAACUUCUCUCCUUUUUCUCGUCACCAUCAGAGUCCCCUCAGGGGCCCCAUCCAGCUUUAAUUAGAAUAGGACGGAAAAAAAAAAAAACAACAACUCUAGCCUUUCUUUAAUCAUUUAAAUUUGUAUCUUUUUUUUUGUAUUUUAUUUAACCCCUUUUAUUGUCGGCUUUGUUGUUGUUAUUGUCGCUGUUUUAUUUAUUCCUGGCCUGCGAUGUCGUUUCCCCUCUUUUUUUUCUUUUUUUUUUGUUUCAUUUUCUGUCCUGUACUUUAGAAGAAAAUAUUUACUUCUAGUAGAUUCAUCACAGGCCUGGAUGUUAUGGUAGAUGUGCUUAAGGGCCUGUGAAUGAAUACAUAAAGCUUG